CCCUGGCGGUUGCUGCCCAUCAGCAAUGAAAGGGUUAUCCGGCAGCCGCAGCCAUCACCACGGUGUCACCUGUGAUUCCGCCUGUGACUCACUCUCGCACCACUCGGACCGCAAGCCAUACCUGCUGAGCCCAGUGGACCACCACCCGGCCGACCACCCCUACUACACGCAGCGCAACUCUUUCCAGGCCGAGUGCGUGGGCCCCUUCAGCGACCCGCUGGCCAGCAGCACCUUCCCGCGGCGACACUACACGUCGCAGCAGGAGCUAAAGGACGAGUGUGCCCUGGUGCCCCGCAACCUGGCCACCAAAGCCAACCGCAUUCCUCCCAACCUCCUGGAUCAGUUUGAAAGGCAGCUGCCCCUCAACCGGGAUGGCUACCACACGCUGCAGUACAAGCGCACUGCCGUGGAGCACCGCAGCGACAGCCCUGGCCGCAUCCGGCAUCUGGUCCACUCGGUCCAGAAGCUCUUCACCAAGUCGCAUUCUCUGGAGGGGCCGUCCAAGGGCAGCGUCAACGGGGGCAAAGCCAGCCCCGACAACACGCAGACCAUGAGAUACAGCAAGCGCAGCAAGAGCAAGGAGCGGCGUGCCGAGCCCAAAGCGCGAUCCAACGCCUCCCCAGCGUGGUGGAGCUCGGAUGACAACCUGGAUGGUGACAUGUGCAUCUACCACACCCCCUCGGGCGUGAUGACCAUGGGCAGGUGCCCUGACCGCUCUGCUUCCCAGUACUUCGUGGAGGCCUACAACACCAUCAGCGAGCAGGCGGUGAAGGCCUCCCGGGGCAACAAUGAUGUCAAGUGCUCCACCUGUGCCAACCUGCCGGUCAACCUGGAUGCCCCGCUCCUGAAGAAGAGUGCCUGGUCCUCCACUCUGACCGUGAGCCGAGCCCGGGAGGUUUACCAGAAAGCCUCAGUUAACGUGGACCAGGCCCUGGUGAAGGCAGAGUCCUGUCAACAAGAACGUUCCUGCCAGUACCUUCAGGUUCCUCAAGAUGAAUGGUCAGGGUACACUCCUCGGGGUAAAGACGAUGAAAUUCCUUGCCGAAGAAUGCGGAGUGGCAGCUACAUCAAGGCCAUGGGGGAUGAAGACAGUGGCGACUCAGACACAAGUCCCAAGCCUUCUCCCAAAGUUGCUGCACGAAGAGAGAGCUAUCUCAAGGCUACCCAGCCAUCCCUUACAGAACUCACCACACUCAAGAUUUCCAAUGAACACUCGCCCAAACUGCAGAUCCGGAGCCACAGUUACCUGAGGGCUGUCAGUGAAGUGUCCAUCAACCGGAGCCUGGACAGCCUGGACCCUGCAGGCCUGCUCACAUCACCCAAGUUCCGCUCCAGGAAUGAAAGCUACAUGCGAGCCAUGAGCACCAUCAGCCAGGUGAGUGAGAUGGAGGUGAAUGGCCAGUUCGAGUCUGUGUGUGAAUCCGUCUUCAGCGAACUGGAGUCACAGGCAGUGGAAGCCCUGGACCUGCCCAUGCCCGGCUGCUUCCGCAUGCGGAGCCACAGCUACGUGCGGGCCAUCGAGAAGGGCUGCUCCCAGGACGACGAGUGUGUGUCCCUGCGGUCUUCCUCCCCUCCUCGAACCACCACCACCGUGAGGACCAUCCAGAGCAGCACCGGUGAGUGAGCACCCAUGCUUGGCCCUUGGUGUGUCACCACCAUCAACCCGGGUCACUGCACCCACACAAGGCACAAUGGCCUUGC